AUGGAAGAAGAGGGUGAUGAGAGAGAGAGAGAAAAUGGUGAAAAUGGAAGAAAAAAGGGUAAAUGGAGUAAGGAGGAAGAUGAGAAACUUAGAGCUUAUGUUACCAAAUAUGGCUCUUGGAAUUGGCGCUUAAUUCCCAAGUUUGCAGGUCUAUCCCGAUGUGGAAAAAGUUGUAGAUUGCGUUGGAUGAACUACUUGAGACCUGAUAUCAAAAGAGGGAACUUCCAGAAGGAAGAGGAUCAAACCAUCCUUCGAUUGCAAGCAACUCUCGGCAAUAGGUGGUCUGCCAUUGCUACUUAUUUACCAGGAAGAACAGAUAAUGAAAUAAAGAAUCAUUGGCACACGAACUUAAAGAAACUUUUGGAUCAGAACCCGUCAAACACGGAGGUUGAAGAUGCAGCAGCUAGUUCAUGCUCGGAACUAAGAAUCCGAGAAGAAGAAGAAGAAUUGGAUGAAACCCUUAUUGUUUUGAAUUCAGAAAUGGCAACCCCAGAAUUAGCAGCCAAGCAUGAAGGCAUGAACUUUGGGGAAACUGAGACAUGGGUUGUUGGUUUGAAUGCUGAACACUCUAUGGAAGUCGGCGGCAACUUGUGGACCGAUCCUUUUGUUUUUGAAGACCCUUUAAGUUUGGAUAAUAACCCAACUCAUGUACCAAUGGAUCUCUUUGAACAUUAUGAAAUGUUUCCUCCCAGUAAUUGA